AAACUGUAAGCCUUUUUCUGACCUCACAUGCUACUGUCGCGGUCCACCGUUCAGCAUUUCUCCUACACGUUAAGACCGAGCUCUGCAACUUUAGAAAACUUCACACAGUUUAUUUAUUCACAGUAUUCAUACUUUAUCUAUUGCGAGAAAUUGUCCGUCGCUCUCGAGUUUUCGAACAUCCCAUCAUCCGAUUUUUCUAAUUGCGAAAUCCAAUGGCCUGGCGACUUCGAUUUUCUCGAGUUGCAGGAUUUUGGAGUAUCUGAAAGAACCGAGUGCAAUUUCAAACAUAAGAGAAGCACAGAUCGGCAGGAAUUAAAUGCCAGCUUGGAGAACGUUGAGAAAACAUUCAGGAAGAAAGCCGACGCUUUGUCAUACCUUUUAAAAGCUGAUAUAGAUCGUUUGAGGAACGAAACCGAUCAGGUGGAAUUGGUGUUUCUGGUCGAUGCUUCAGGAUCGGUUGGUUUAAAAAAUUUCCAAAGCGAAUUAAAUUUCAUAAAACACCUUUUGGCCGACUUCUCCGUGGAACCUUCCGCAACUAGGAUCGCGAUCGUAACGUUCGGUGGAAGAAGACACAUUAAACGAAACGUAGAUCAGAUAUCUCAUACUGGUGACAAUGAUAACAAGUGUUAUUUGCUGAAUAAACAGUUAAAUAAUAUCAGUUACACUGGCGGUGGAACGUAUACGCGCGGCGCGCUUUUGGAAGCUCUUAGAAUACUUGAGAAAGGUAGAGCGAACGCAAGGAAGGCUGUGUUUCUUAUAACCGACGGAUUUAGCAACGGCGGUGAUCCACGACCUGCGGCGAACCUCUUGAAAAUUGAAGGCGCAACGAUAUUCACUUUCGGAAUAAGAACAGGAAACGUUGACGAACUGCGCGACAUAGCUAGUUUUCCAGGAGACACGCACAGCUAUUUCCUCGACAGUUUCGUGGAAUUCGAGGCUUUGGUACGACGAGCUCUGCAUCGUGAUUUGAAAGCGGGCAAAUACGUACCAGUGACGUAUCCAGAUAAUUGUAAUCUCUUAUGCAGGAAUAUCAGCGAAGUCGGAAACGAACGAAAUUGUUGCGAUAAUUUCGCGACGUGCGCCUGUGGCACUGUGACCGGACAUUACGCUUGUAUUUGCCCGGCAGGAUAUUUUGGCUCUGGUCUUCGGGGUUCUUGUCACCCAUGUCCAAAUGGAACAUACGCGUCUGGAGAAAUCUCCGGUGAUCUCGCGACAAUGUGCACCUCAUGCCCUGACGUGAAUCAUGUGACUAUGAAAGUACCUGCAAUUUCCGUUGAGCAUUGCGUUUGCGCUUCCGGAUUCACCACGGACGGAAAUAAAUGCGAGGUUAUAACAUGCCCGAGACUAAGAGUGCCAGAAAACGGAUACUUGGUAAAAGCAAGCGCAUGUAGCAACGUCGUUCACGCAGCCUGUGGUAUAAGGUGCAGAAUUGGUUUCUACCUCACAGGUGACAGUAUUCGACUUUGCGGAAAAGACGGUAAUUGGUCCGGAAACGAACCGAAAUGUUUGCUGAAAACUUGCCCAGCACUUCGAACUCCCAUCCAUGGGCGAAUGCGCUGUCAAAACGAUGAGGAUCAACAUUUGAAUACAGAGAAUACGACAACGUAUCCGAUCGAUUCCCGUUGUCAGUUCAGAUGCGAAACCGGUUAUCAACUUCGCGGAAGUAAAAUACGCAACUGUUUGCCUUUGUCACAAUGGGAUGGUCUCAAAGCUACAUGUAAAGCAAUAAAAUGUGAACCUCUAAAGCUAGUUGCAAAUGGACAAAUUUCACCUGAGAAUUGUUUGGGACCGGAGAAACUACCAUUUGGAUCGAAUUGUACCAUAUCGUGCAAAAAGGGUUUCAUACUUGAGGGACCACGUUCUAGACAUUGUAGCGGCCGUUCUGGAGUCUGGUCGCAACGUAAAACUGUUAAUCGAUGCGUAGAUAAAAUACCACCUUCGAUAACCUGCCCGUCUAAUAUUAUCACGGAGAGCCUUCCAGGCAAGAAAUAUGCUUAUGUAAAUUGGACAGUGCCAAACGCAACUGACAAUGUGGACGAAUCACCUGUAUUAUGGAGUAAGCCAUACAUUAGUUUUCCGUGGAAAGUAAAAAUUGGAACACGUACAAUAAUCUAUGUGGCACAAGACUCAUCUGGAAAUAGAGCUAGAUGCAAAUUCAAAGUUAAAGUUCUAGAUAAAGAACCACCAAUGAUCGAGAAUUGCGUAGAUCCUCCGAUAUUUUUCACCGAUAAUGGAGUUGGAAUAAAUAACGUGACUUGGAACGAACCUGGUUUUCACGACAAUUCCAAAACACCUGUACAAGUCGAACAAAAUUAUCUUCCUGGGGAGAACAUGUUUCCUAUCGGGUUAACGCAAGUGAUAUAUAAUGCCACCGACAAGUACGAUAAUAAAGCGUUUUGCGUGUUAAACGUUACUAUAAAAGACGCUUGUGAAGAAGUUCCAAAAAUAUUGAAUGGUUACUCAAAGUGUCAUCCAUCAUCAUCAAUGAACGACACGAAUGAGUGCACUAUAACUUGCGAAGAAGGAUAUGGAUUCGCAACUGACGAAUCGAAUGUUGGAAUCGUGGAAAAUAUAUUGCUAUUGAAAUGCAACGGAAAUACAUCAAAUUGGCUUCAAGAAAACUACAUUCCCGAAUGUACAGAAACUACAAUUCCAAGAAGUGUAUCCCAAGAGGGAAGUAUUGUAUUAGAAGGAAAUGCAACAAAUGUAUGCGAUAAUCAAACAACACUUCGCGAGCUGAGCAAAUAUAUUACUGCCGAUUUAAUAUCGACGUUGCUCGACAUUUGCGGAAACGAUAUCGAAUGUAAUGUCAUUACUUUCGAUCCUGAAUGCGAAGAAAUUCUCCCAUCUUCAAGUACAAUGUAUUCCAGUAUGAUAAAAAAACGAAGGGAACUGAACUAUGAUAUUUCUAAAUUAUUAAGAAAUGGUAUAAUGACAAUGAAUGAUAUUAGUACAAAAGCAAAACGAGAUAUGAAAAUGAAUGCUAACAGAAGUAAAACGAAAAUAAGAAAGAAGAAAGAAAAAAUUGAACUGAAAUUCAAUUUUUUAGGAAAGAUAAUUGAGGAGCAUCACGAAAAUCCGCGAAAAGGAAUCCAGAAAUUGCGACAGAAGCUCGAAUCUUUGUCUCGAUCUGGGAAAUUAAAUUUAUUGAACAAUAGAACAAAUCAAGAAAUAGCGAAGCUUGCGCUAAAUUUGCAUCUCAUUUUUAAGAAUUUUGAGGAACUUUGCGAUCCAGGAAGUAUCUUGAAGAAGAACACUUGCGGUAAAUUAAAAUGUCCAUUGGGAACUUUCUUCAAUUCCACGACCAAACGAUGCCAAUCAUGUUCUCUUGGAGAAUAUCAAAACGUGCCUGGAUCUUUGAAAUGCAAACAUUGUCCUGAAUACACUUCGACGAAGAAAAUUCAUUCAAAAUCUCUGCAAGAUUGUAUACAUUUAUGCAGACCAGGACACUAUUCGCGAAAAAAGCGUUAUCAAAACACGCGAUUAGCACUUGAACCUUGCCUAAUCUGUGACAUUGGAUUUUAUCAACCAGAAUAUGGUCAAACUCGUUGCCUUUCGUGUCCACCUGACACUACUACUAGAAAUCAUGGAUCUAAAACCAUAAAUGACUGUCUACCUCUUUAUAAAAUCGAAAUUAAUAUCUGUGAUACAAAGUCGUGUUUAAAUGAUGGACAAUGUGUACAAGAAGAGGACAGUUUCAGUUGCGAAUGUCCUGACUAUUAUGUCGGUUCUAAAUGUGAAACAUUCCAAAAUCCAUGUGAUUCUUUACCAUGUUUGAAUGAAGGUACAUGUAAUAUUCUGAGUUUCACGAACAAUACAAUAAUGUACUCUUGCACAUGCAAAAAUGGAUAUUCAGGUAGAAAUUGUGAGUUGUACAUUGACGAAUGUACCGUUAAUCCUUGUCAAAACAACGGUACAUGUCUGAGCACAGAAAAUGAUUAUUCCUGUGAAUGUAAACAUGGUUUCCAAGGAGAAUUUUGUGAGACUACUGUGGAUCAUUGCAAUCCUUCACCCUGUAUGGAAGGAUCUACUUGUCACAAUGUUAACGACUCUUGGAAAUGUUUCUGCAAACCAGGUUUUCUCGGUCGUUAUUGUAAUUUAUUACCCUGUGAUUGGUUACCAUGCAACAAAAACUCGUAUUGUGUGAACAUUGAAGAAGAAAAUGCAACAACUAUGAGUUAUAGAUGCGUGUGUGCGGAUGGUUACACUGGAGAAAAUUGUACUGUGAAGAUAAAUCAUUGCGAAAGCAAUCCAUGUUUGAACAAUGGGAAAUGCACUAAUAAUAUCUCUAAUUACACAUGUACGUGCCCUAUGUUAUUUACAGGACGUCAUUGCGAGACUGAAUUGUUAUCCGAUUACACGAUACAGUUCUCCAAAUCGGGUAUCACCGAUUAUAUCAGUAUGAAAAGCUUUACGAUAAAUCUUUCUAAGUUAACUACGUGUUUAUGGCUACAAUCGAAGGAUAUGUUUAAUUAUGGCACCGUAUUAUCGUAUGCUACACGUUACUACGAUAACGCAUUCACUUUAACAGAUUAUAACGGACUGGUAAUAUAUCUCAAUGGUGAAAAAGUAAUAACCGAUAUUAAAGUAAAUGAUGGUCAUUGGCAUUUCGUUUGUUUCACCUGGGAAGCAGAGAAUGGCUCUUGGAAUAUUUUUAUCGAUGGCCUUUUGAGAGACAACGGCACCCACUUGGCAAAAGGAACAUUCAUUCAAGGAAAUGGAAUUCUCAUAAUUGGACAAGAACAAGAUCGUGUCGGAGGAGGAUUUUCAGAGUUAGAAUCCUUCUUGGGAAAAUUAACAUUAUUAGAUAUUUGGAGUACAGUUUUAGUAGCUAAAGAUAUCAAACACUUGUUCAACACUUGCGAAAAAUACCAUGGUGAUGUAAUUGCAUGGGCACAGGUGCAAGAAUAUGUGCACGGUGACGUGGCAGUGUCAAACACUUCAUUUUGCCGUGACUGUCCAUUACCCGUUAUACCAUUUAAAGGUAAUGUAAAUGUCAGCGAAGAUGGGUCAAACAUCACUUAUUAUUGCGAUAAUGGUUACGUAGUACGAUUUCGUGGCAGAGAAUACCAAUCUUUGACACUGAAAUGUCUUAAACAAGGACAGUGGGAAGGAUAUUACACACCCGUUUGCAUUAGAAGGAGAUGCGGAUUCCCAGGAUAUUUUCCGCGAGGUCGCAUACAUGGUAGAUCGUAUUUUUUCGGAGAUGAAAUAUAUUAUUUUUGUUUAAUUAAUUAUGAACUUCGAGGAAAUCCUCGUAGAACCUGUAAUGCUGAUGGAAAAUGGAGCGGAUUACCUCCAGUUUGUAUAGGAAAAACAUGCAAGAAUUUAUUAGCUCCAGAGCACGGGGAUAUCGAGUACGUGAUAGAAGAAUACGAAAGAGAUGAUCUUUCCAUUCUACAGGUAGGACAGCAAAUUGAAUUCAAGUGCGACCCCGGAUUUCAAUUAAAAGGUGAAAAACUUUUAACAUGUUUGGAAUCUGGACAAUGGGAUCAUGAAGUGCCUUCGUGUUUGGCUUAUAAAUGUCUACCACCAAAGGAAAUCAAGCACGGAUAUGUAAUUUCUUCAAAUUCAAAUAAUUUGCACGAAACUUUCGCUACAAAAGUUGAUCUGCAAGCGAUUAAUGACACAUUUAAGGACUACAAUUUUAAUGAUAUUGUGGAAUAUUCUUGCUAUUCAGGAUAUAAAUUUGAGGGCAAUCAUAGUUUGUUAAAUGCAUUUAAACUUCAAUGUACAGAAAAUGGUACUUGGAUUGGAUUUGUUCCUGAUUGUGUACCUUUAAUGUGUUCGUGGCCCGACAUUGUGAAUAAUGGGAAAUUAUUGUUUAAAACAAAAAACAAUGGUAUUAUUAAACUUCUAGAAAUAGAAAAAAAGAAUUGGAGUUUGGAAGACCAAUUUGUCAUUGGUACCGAAAUUGCGAUAAACUGUGACAUAGGAUAUAAAUUAGUUGGUGACGGUUUUAGAAUUUGCACAGACGAUGAAGAAUGGUCAUCCACGUUAUCGUCUUGCGAACCUUAUGAAUGUCCUAUCUUAAGUCAUCCAUUUUUUCAAAUCUUUAAUGAAGAAAUAAAUCUAAAUAAUCAUACUGCAAUUUGGAAAAAUGAUCAGAAUAAAAAAUUUAAUGGCAAAGAACCAUAUAAUGGUACUUAUAAGAAUAUAGAGUACUUUAUAGAGGGACAUACUUAUAUGAAAAAAAUAGUUCUUAGUUGCAAUGAUGGAGAAAUUCAGUUGAGUAAUGCAAAUAUUCAAAAUUCUGUUUCUAACUUAACUUGGUUUUGUGAUGAAUAUGGUAAAUGGAAAAUAAUUGAUACACACUUAAAUGACACCAUCAUAAAAACAUCACUCUUGCUUAAUAAUGAAAUUGAUAGUAUUUGUCAAAAAUCUAUGUGUGAUUUAGUAAUGAUUCCAGAAUAUAGUUACAUUACUGAAACAAAUUAUAAAAGAACUGUUAAUAACACUAUUACAUUCAAAUGUCAUCAAGGCUAUAUUCUUGAAGGCAAUGAAAAAUCUGUCUGCCUUCCAAAUAAUACUUGGACUGCUAUUCCUUCUUGUAAACCUGUAACAUGUAAAGAACCACCAAAAAUUACAAAUGCAGUGUUAAAAGAAAAUAAUAUCAAAGCAGUAAAUUAUACAUUUAAUUAUACAAUUACUUAUGAAUGCAUACCUGGAUAUAUAAUGCUUGGUCAAAGAAACACAAGAUGUCUUGCAAAUGGAAAAUGGUCCAGAAUGUAUAGUAGAUGUUCAAAACUUUCAUGUAAUAAACCAAAACUUCCAUUUGGCGCAACAAUUCGUGGUCGAUCUUAUUUGUAUCAAGAUCAAUUGACAUAUGUAUGUCCUGGUGGUAAAAAGCAAGGAUUAAUUACAUGUAAGGCUGAUGGACAUUGGAGCGAUUUACCAAAUUGUAAUGACAAUUAAUAAAAACAAAACAAUUAAUAUAACUAUGAUUUUACGUACAAAUUUAAAAUAAAUUAAUAUAGCAAUUU